AUGCAGGCUUCCAAGCCGCCAUACAACGAUUCCAUCGGCCACACGAGAUCAAGACCCUCGCUACCAUCGCAAUCUUUAGACCGGAACGACGAAGCAGCCGCCCAGCCUCGGCUUCCACCUCCCGAUUAUAUCCUACAACCCACCACUUACGCACCCUCACUCCAUCGAGCCGAGCCAGAAACUGCGGCUGCACCCCGCCCGGGUGCGCGAAACCAGUCUUUCUCAGACCACCGCUGGUCUGCCUCAACCGGCUCGAGCCGCGGGAACUCCGAAACGGCCUCAAGAGGACGACGGAACAGCACCGUUGACACCUCUUUUUUUCUCACCAGCUCGCCUCCCACGACUCGCACGCCGCCGCGCAAGCUCCAGAAGAAUCGCCGCCCCAGCGUCCAGUCCCACGGCAGCCUGAGUCCUCUGGCAACCCGGUCCCUGAUACGGGCGGACGCGAAUCACCAGAACUAUACUGGGCUUCCAUCAUUGGAUCCUCUUUCGUCUCUGGCUCAGGAUUACUCGACUGCCUUGCAGAACCAGCAGCGGCAACAGCCAAGCCACCGACUAUCCCGCAGUCUGAGUCAAAUACUACCGCAAUCCAAUAUCGCCACCUCGAUGCAGACCGACCCAUUUGCCGAUACAAUGCACAAGGAACAGCCUGACGGGCACUCCCAGAACCGCUCAGGCAAGGGGAGUAGCGACUCCAGCAACCCGGGCGCUAAGCCUCCUUCUCAAAAGGCCAUGCUUUCCCAUGCACUGCAAAAAGCCAAUGCCGCAGUCCAGCUGGAUAACAACCAAGAUAUCUGGGGUGCGCGACAGGCUUAUGGAGAGGCAUGCGAUCUUCUCCAGAAUGUUCUCCAGAGAACAUCGGCACAGGAGGACAAGCGUAAACUCGAUGCUAUCCGUUGCACGUAUACUAGUCGGAUAGACGAGUUGGACCAAUUGCUCUCAUGGCAAGACACCAAAGCCCUGCCACCCUUCCCGGAAACCCAGCAAGAAAAUGGGAACGAGGACGAACCGGUGUACGCUGAGAUAGCAACACUGGUUCCUGCCGCGCAUGAUGAUGGCCAAAUCGGACGACAAGAAGCUCGCGUGCCAAGAGCCGAAGCGCAAUACCAAAUGGGCAGUUUGGAGCCCGGGAUUUUGCAGUCCUCAUUUUCUCGAUCACCCGCCCGCUCCCCUCAUCGGGAGAGCGUUGCACAGCACCCCGGAGAUCUGGCCCAUACAGCUCAUGCGUACGCUUCUACUGGACGGCAGACGUCAUCGGCCGCCGAUUUUUACGAUACAGGCCGGUCAUCCCAGCCUUCGGGAUUUUCAACCGUCUCAGAAUCCGAGAAUGGCUCUCGAGGCAUUCAGCAUGUAAGGGAAGAGAGUCAAAACUCGUGGCUGGACCCCAUUGAUGAAUCCGGAGGCUCGACUGUUUCUUCAGUUCAUUCACGAACAUCGUCGCUCGGCUACAGAAGAAGGCACAUCCGACCGAGGAGCGGUGGCACAGAAGCUGAAUUCGAUACAGCGCUGGAUGCCGCCAUAGAAGCUGCGUAUGACGAUGGCUAUGAACCCACAGACUCGGAAGGGUUCAGGCAGAAGGUGGACUCGGACGAUGAAAUCGUGGCCAAUGCCUUGCGCAGAGUAGAACUUGCUCGGCAGAGGGUGAGACAGACGGAGUUGGAGGCGUACGAGAUGGCUAGUAAACGAGAAAGGGAACGGUUUCAACUCCAAUCCCAGUCUGGCCGAUACACAGAUCAUCGCGAGGAUCCUUAUAGCCGAGAAGGCUUCUACGAGGACAAUUCAUCGGACGAAGAAGACGAUGAAGAGGAAGAGAGGAUCUUCGAAGAAAUGACCCACAGUUAUGCCAGUCAAGGUCGCGGCGUUGGAGGGCCACCUCGGAAACCAGCACUCAUACCCCGUCAGUCCGACUCAAGCGGUGUCACGUCGCAUACCUGGCAAAGCUCCAUCGGUUCAAACCCACCGGGAACUGGAACCACAUCGCUUUUCACCGUCGCUGAGGCCGUUGGGAAGCCCAUCAUGCCAACGGCACCGGCUCCAAGGGCGCCGCCGCCUUCUCAAGCUCUUCCAGAAAUACCAGGGCCACGACCUCCCUCUUCGGCCCAGUCCGUGCGGAACCGACGACUCUCUGGGCAGAAUCCUAAGCAGUUGAAGAUCGACACCGCUGUCCUUGGCCCUCCACCACCUGCUCCUUCCGAGGAGACAACCGGCUCCAACCUCGACAGUCACGAAGCUGCAGCUCAAGCCCUGGCCGCGGGCAGGGCAGACUCCGCUCUCCGGCGUCCAACGUCACCCGAGACAGAUGCGAGGUCCGGCGAAGCUCGACCGCCUAGCUCCCCAUACAGCCAUAGGGUGGGUCUGGAAGGCGACGAUUAUUCUGGGGGACGCUCUUCAUCGCCUUCGGUGAGCAAGUUGAAGAAGAACUUUUCGGCCUCAAGCUUGAGAAGUCUGAAGACACGCAAUAUGUCAUUCUCCCAUCCUGAUGAAGUCAUCGACAUGUCGCCUGUGACGCCAUCGACUGCUCAAUGGGGAAACAUGCAAUGGGGAACUUCCAAAGCUCCAGCAAUACCCACGCUACCAGCGGCUGUUGCUACCAGUUUGCGAGAGAAGGCUGAAGCAGCCACGGGCGGAAUGUACCUGCUGGAUGACAAUUUUCAUUCAAUGGAAAACACGGGUUCUCCGGGUGAUAUGUCACCCGACGCGCCGGUGCCGCUAGAGCCGUGUCCGACCGACUUCAUGCUGCGACCGUUCUGGUUGAUGCGCUGCUUGUACCAGACCCUGGUUCACCCACGUGGCGGCUACCUUAGCUCCAAGCUGUUUGUGCCACGGGAUGCUUGGAAGGUUAAAGGUGUCAAGCUGAAAAAUGUCGACGACAAGAUCGCCAACUGCGAUUACCUUACAGCUGCACUGCUAAAACUGGCACGCGUGGACACAUUUGAUGCAGAUGCGAUGCUUGAGGAGAUGCAAUCAAUGGAGACCGUCUUGGAGAACACACAGGCUGCCCUUACCCGGAAGCUUGGCAACGAAGUUGGAGUCAACAGCGCGGGUAGUCUCUUUAAGGAAGCCCAGGUUAGCGUUGAUGGAGAUGCCGCUCCGGUUCCACGGUCGACAAGUGUGACCGGAAAGUCGUCAUUCUCUUGGAGGCGGUUGCGAUCCAAGAACUCCUCCACUGCGUUGAGUGCCCAGAACCGUCGGCAAGCCGACGAGACCAAGGAGACACAGAACCUUCCGACGCUGCCAAUGACGGCACAACCAACGAGCAAACCAGCGAAGCGCGACGUAGAACAAGUUCAGUUUACCGGACCCAACGCAAACUACAUGGGUUCACUUGCGCGCCUGUUUGAUGCGGUUCAAGUAAUUGACCAAAUAGCCCGUCAGGUUGAGGAUCCUGGGCUGAGGCAUGCGGACAAGACUCAAGUGGGACUUGAAUUAUGCACACGGCACGCUGCCGAGUUCUUUGGGUUCUAUAUCUGCCGGUUCGUUCUUGUCGAUAUCGGCUUGUUGAUGGACAAGUUCAUCAAACGAGGUAGUGAAUGGGUCCUAGCCUGA